ACCUACGUCAUCAACAAGCGACGGCCGACACGAGGGGUUUGUUGUUAAAGAGAAAUCUAGCAGUUUAAAGUAGUCUGAGUGAUAAACACGCUCGUAUUUCACUGCUCUGUCUGCCGAAGAUCAUACAGGCUGACAGCUCUGUGUCUGAGCUGUAAACAAACCCGGGAAGUGAAGCAUUUAAUAUCUUUAAAGAGCUGAAAAUAAUGUGUCARGUAGAUGAAGAAGAGUACCAACAACACCUGGAGCGCGCGGUCAGUGUUUCUAAGAAAUGUGUGAAAUGUAAAGAAUUGUUGGCAGCAGUGGUCAUCAGACCUGGGGAUGCAUACUGCAGGAGCUGUUUCAAAGAGAACUUUAUUCACAAGUUCAGAGCCAUGUUGGGUAAAACCAGAGUCAUUUUCCCUGGAGAGAAGGUGCUGCUGGCUGUAUCUGGAGGUCCUUCUUCCUGCUCAAUGCUCCGUCAAGUCCAAGAGGGUGUGAGUCAGAACGCUCACAAAAAGCUCAGAUUCCUGCCYGCUAUCGUCUACAUUGAUGAAGGGGGAGCUGUGGGUCUGUCGAAACAGGAAAGAGAAAGGACGACGUCCGAAGUCCGGGAAAUUUUCAGAUCUACUGGUUUCCCUUUUUACAUCCUCCCUCUUGAGCAGGUUCUGGACCUUCCUAGUUCAGUCGUGGYGACCACGCCAUCACUUUCAGAACCAUCUAGUGGCUCCUACAAAGCAGCCGUGGAUCACUUCCUGCAGACUGGCAGCAGAAAGGACCUGACAACUCAGAGGCAAGAAGAAAUGUCUCUGCCUGACGUUUCAGAGUCCCAGACCCGUUCACUGCAGCAGCUGAUGGCUUCUGCCAAGUCUCUGACUGCCAGAGAGGACCUGCUGAGCACUUUAAGGCAGCAUCUGUUGGUGCACACAGCCCGGACUGCAGCCUACAGUAAACUCAUGCUGGGGGACAACUGCACCAGGCUGGCUGUUAAACUGCUCACCAGUAUCUCACUGGGCCGAGGGGCGCAGCUGGCUCAGGACACGAGUUUCUCAGACUCCAGAUAUGGUGACRUUGUGUCGGUGAGACCAAUGAGGGACUACUCAGCCAAAGAAAUCGCUUUCUACAAUCACAUGUUCAACGUUCCAUCUGUGGUCGUACCAAGCCUGGAGACAAAGACACCAGAAAAAUCCAGCAUCCAGCGUCUGACAGAGAGCUUCAUCACUAAACUGCAGGCAGAYUUCCCAUCGACUGUGAGCACGAUCUACAGAACCAGUGAGAAGCUGCAGACUGCAGACAGGAGCUCCUCUGCUGCUGCUGCUGCUGAGGGUGACAGAUGUCUGCUCUGUAUGUGCGGCCUCGAUACGGUCGUAGAGAAAGCGUCAGCCCUCCAGGCCACACUGAUCUCAGAGCAGCUCUCUCACAUGAAAAUACCAACCCCAGGUCCAGUAGAGUCCAAAUCAACUCAUCCUGCUGAGCAGUGCUGUUCCUCAUCAGGAGGGGAGGACUGUGGGARAACAGGAAGUGGCUGCUGUUCUUCUAGUAGAGAAAUGGAGGCAGCUGAUGUGAGGAGUCUGAUGUGUUACAGCUGUCAGCUGACAAUUAAAGACAUGUCAUCAGUUCAACAUCUUCCUCAGUAUAUCCUGUCAGAGGCUCAGAAAAGAAAAAGGAGGUCUCUGAUGAAAGAAGAGAUCAAGGAGUUCCUGCUGGACGCUGAUGGCGAUUAACCUUUUUUUUUUGGACAUGAUGACUUCGGUUUAAUCAAAYUUUUGGGAUGCCAAACUACCCAUUAGAAUUAUUUUAAACUCAUUUUGGUCAGUCACUGCUAGAAAUCUUUUAUAAAAUCAUUGUAAAUAAAUUUCAGUGUUAUGUAAUAUGCGACAGUCAGGUGUUCUGAAAACUGGCAUGUGAUGUAAACAAAGUAGAAAUAUACUGACUGUCCCCUUUUUAUUAAACAAAUCACUGAAAUUUUAA